AUGCUUUCCUUCUUCACCAUCUUCACCAUCGCAACGUCUCUUGUUUCUGGCUUGGCCAUUCCUCACCAGGACGGCAGCCACGAGGACAUUGCCAAAAGGGGCCCUUCGCCUUUGAAACUCGACUUUGACGUUGUCAAGGACACCAGCAAGAACUCCACCUUGUACCACCCUGAACGCUACUUCAACAGCGCCAAGUCCAAGUUCCACAAGAGAGCCACCCCGGUCGCCAUCACCGACGACAAGGACAUCUCGUACAUUUUGGACGUCUACUUGGGCUCGCAGCAGGAGAAGGUGACUGUGCUUCUUGACACCGGUUCUUCCGAUCUCUGGGUUUUCGGUCCUGGUGUUUCCGGUGCUCAAGGUGGAACCUUCGACCCCAGCAAGUCCUCAGACGACACCUCCACAGGCGAGGGUUUCGACAUCAGCUACUUGGACGGCUCCAGUGCCCUGGGUUCCUACUACAAGGACGACUUCUCCUUCAGCCUGGGUCUGACGCUUGUGCUGGACUUCCAGUUUGCUGUGGUGAACCAGGCCAAUGCAGACAGCACUGGUAUUUUGGGAAUCGCCGACAAGAACCAGGAGUCGGGCCUGUCGCAGUACGACAACUUGCCCUGGGCUUUGCUGAAGGCCGCUGUGACUCCUAAGGCCUCUUACUCUUUGUUCUUGGGUUCUGAACAAGAAGGUAAGGGUACUGUCAUUUUUGGCGGUAUCGACACCGACAAGUACGAGGGUGAAUUGCAGAAGUACUCUCUUCCCGACAACAGCUUUUUGGGCUUGACGGUCGAGUCUGCCGAUGUGGGAGGAAAAACCAUCCAGUUGGGCCAGCAGUUCGUCUUUGAUUCCGGUACUUCCUGGAACUUGUGGCCUGAUCAGCUCCUUGACAGUGUGGCCAGUGCCCUUGGUUCUACCGGCGAGGACCAGGGUGUCUACCUCGUCGACUGUAACCAGCCUUCCGACAAGAGCAUCACUUUCAAUCUCGGCAAGAACUCCGUUUCUGUUCCGUACAGCGACCUUAUCAUCAACGUUGGUUCCGACAGCGAGCCACAAUGUGCUAUUGGCGCUGAGGGAUACUUUGGCGAGGGUCCUUUCAUCUUGGGAGACGUCUUCUUGAGAAGCGCCUACGUCUACUACGACCUCACCGACCACACCAUCUCCAUUGCCCAGGCCAAGUACAGCAGCUCGAGCAACAUUAUCUCGGCAUAG